AUGGCUUCUGAACAGACCUACACCAGCGACCUUCGCAGCGACGCCAAAGAGUUCCGCCGUGACAAGGACAGCCGGGUGAAGUGGGUCAACGGACCGUCGUACGGCCCUGGACGACGCAUCGAAGAUGGGAAGCCUCGUCCUGCUCGCGUCUUCCCCAACAUCAAGUCGUCCUACCCUGGUCCGAUGAAGGCACGAAACGCUCUGAACAAGGACAUCGCUGUUGCCAGUGACGAUUCAUCAGCAGACGAGGAAGUCGACCAUCCCUCUGCUGCCCCAGCUCCAGAUGCCGAGGUCGCCUACUCCUUCGAUGCUGAGCGAGGGCCAAGUCACGGCAGCCAGAUCCUAAACGUCGCCCUCGAGAAGGCAAUCGAGCGAUAUGAGAUUCUUGAGACAGACAAGAUAAUCAAGAACGAGUACGAGGUGCUGGACGCUGAUGGCGAGCCCCUUUCGCCUGCUUCAAAGAAGAGGCACGUCGCGCCUGAGGACGCCGAUUACGAAUUUGUUGACGCGUAA